UUAGAUUGGUAUAUCCGUCAUUUUACCCACAGGCACGUGCUGUUCACGUGCAAUUGACUCGUCUUCUUCCUCGGAGAAGAAUUCAGUCAUUUUUCAUCUGAAAAAUGGAACCCUAGAUCACCAUUAUCUCAAAAAAAAUAAUAAUAAUAAGAAAAAGAAAAAACAGACCUCUGUACAUUUCUCAAAACACCAUGGAGUCACCACCACCGUCAAAUAGCUGGAGCAUAUACACCCGCCGUGAGGUCACCGAGAAAUACGAAAUCUUAGAGCGAGUCGGCUCCGGCGCGUACUCCGACGUGUACAGAGCUCGCCGUCGGUCUGACUCCGUAUUCGUCGCACUCAAGGAGGUCCACGAUUACCAAUCGGCGUUCCGCGAAAUCGAGGCCCUCCAGACCCUUCAGAACUCCCCCAACGUCGUCGUUUUGCACGAGUAUUUUUGGCGCGAAAACGAGGACGCAGUGCUCGUGCUGGAGUUCCUUCCGACCGAUCUGGCGUCGGUGAUCAGGGAGGCCAAGAGGGUGUGGGAGGGUGGUGUCAGCGUCGGCGAGAUCAAACGGUGGAUCGUUCAAAUUUUGUGUGGCGUCGACGCGUGCCAUCGAAAUUCGAUCGUGCAUCGGGAUUUGAAACCUUCGAAUCUGUUGAUAUCGGCUGAUGGUGUCCUUAAGUUGGCCGAUUUUGGUCAGGCUAGGAUACUUCUGGAGCCUGGAUUUGUUGCUGUUGAUGACAAUCCACUACCACAUGAGCAGAACAGUCCAAAUCAGACGAGUAUAUUUGAACCACCACCUGACGUUAUACCAAGAACUGAUAAUGCUUUCCAAGAAGCUCAUAAAAAUCAAGAGCAAGGAACUACGGGUAAAGAAGAAUAUGGUAGAGAAUUAGACGAUUUCAGGGCUAAAGACUUCUUAGAUGAAAUUGAUAAAGAAAGUAGUAUUCAAGAUGGAGAUACAUCUUGUGUUGCUACAUACACAACAAGUGACAUAGAGGAUGAUCCUUUGAAGGGUUCUUAUUCUUACGAGGUUGGGGACGGUGGAAACAACAGUUGUGGUCCCCUCACGUCCUGUGUCGGAACUCGUUGGUUCAGGGCCCCAGAACUGCUUUUUGGAUCCACGAACUACGGGCCAGAGAUUGACUUGUGGUCAUUGGGCUGCAUUUUUGGAGAGCUUUUCAGUUUAGAGCCCCUUUUUCCAGGAAUCUCCGAUUUUGAUCAGCUAAGCAGAAUUUUGAGUGUUCUGGGCAAUUUAACUGAAGAAGUCUGGCCUGCUUGUUCAAAACUUCCCGAUUAUAAAACAAUUUCAUUUGGUAAUAUAGAAAAUCCAACUGGAUUAGAAGCAUGCCUGCCGAACCGCUCCCCUGAUGAAAUCCAUCUUGUCAAAAAACUUCUUUGUUUUGACCCAGCAAGUAGAGCUACUGCAAUGGAGCUGCUCCAUGACAAAUAUUUAAAUGAAGAACCUCUACCAGUUCCCUUAUCCGGACUGAGGGUACCUUCGGCACGCAGCGGUCAAGAUGAGGGUUCUCCUGGUGAGUGGUGUCAUUACAAGGAUAUGGGUUCAGAUUCUGAUUUUGUGGACUGUGGCCCUAUGAAUGUUACAACCACGGAUACUGGGUUUUCAAUUCAGUUUCCUUGAGCUUGAAGAGCACGGAGGUACUACUACUACAAAUUUAUUAAGUUAUAUGUUCUACAUUGUUUAAACUACCUUGGGCAAUUUUGUCUUUAGCUAAUAAUGGUCAGUGCCUCUUGAAAUCUAUAGGGCUUAGCCGUGUUAGUUUUUAUUAAUGUGAUACAUUGUAUGUGAAAUAACAUUCAAUUAUGUAAAAUCAACAGUUAUAUGUGACAAGUUGGAGAUAUCUUUUCAUAGUUAUAAGGAAAAAAAUUAGACAAUACUAUUGAAACAAAGAGGAAGAUAUACUUUGAUGAUUUUGCCAGCUGGGAUACAACAAUGGUCUGAGGGCAUGUUUUGGAUCCUUUAAGCCAUAUCUGCAAUUAAAUAUUGGUCUCCAAAUGUUGUGUUUGGUGGCAGUGACUGCUUAAAUUCUAAUGGAACUUUAUUAUUUUCUUUGGUA